AUGUGUAGCUUGAAAAAUCCUAAACCCUCUAGGCUGGCUAAAUUGCCAAAGGUUUCCUUAAUCGAAAGUUGUUUGUGACAUUGAAUUUUCCCAAAUUAUAUAGGGUGGUGUUCCCUCUCUCUCCUCUCUCACUCACCUCUCGCGUAUGCGAGAGAAGCUGCUCGAAGGUUCUGGUGGCUUCAUCCCUCUGAAGGCCACACUCCGUCAGAUUGA